CGCGGCGCAGCGCCAGGCACCGCGGCUCGGGCGCGCGCAGGCGGCGGGCCGCGCACCGGGACACGGACGGCGGCCUCCGGGCUCCGCGCCCCGCGCGCGCCCCGGCGAUGGCUGCUCCCAGGCCGCUGCGCACUCGCCCCGGCGUCCUCCCGCCGCUGCUGCUGUUGCUGCUGCCGCUCGCCCGCGCCUUCAAUCUGGACGUCGAAAGCCCCGCCGAGUACGCCGGCCCCGAGGGCAGCUACUUCGGCUUCGCCGUGGACUUCUUCGUGCCCAGCGCGUCCUCGAUGUUUCUCCUGGUGGGCGCCCCAAAGGCAAACACGACCCAGCCCGGGAUUGUUGAAGGAGGACAGGUUCUCAAGUGUGACUGCUCCUCCAGGCGUCGAUGCCAACCCAUCGAAUUUGACUCAACAGGUAAUCGAGAUUUUGCCAAAGAUGACCCACUGGAGUUUAAGUCCCACCAGUGGUUUGGCGCCUCGGUGAGGUCAAAGCAGGACAAAAUCUUGGCCUGUGCUCCGUUGUACCACUGGAGGACCGAGAUGAAGCAGGAGAGAGAGCCGGUCGGCACUUGCUUUCUUCAGGACGGAACAAGGACUGUUGAGUAUGCUCCGUGCAGGUCAAAAAAUAUAGAUGCUGAUGGACAGGGAUUUUGUCAAGGAGGAUUCAGCAUUGAUUUUACUAAAGCUGACAGAGUACUUCUUGGUGGUCCUGGCAGCUUUUAUUGGCAAGGCCAGCUCAUUUCCGACCAAGUGGCAGAGAUCAUAUCUAAGUACGACCCCAACGUCUACAGCAUCAAAUACAACAACCAGCUAGCGACACGGACUGCACAGGCAAUUUUUGAUGACAGUUAUUUGGGUUACUCCGUGGCUGUGGGAGACUUCAAUGGCGAUGGCGUUGAAGAUUUUGUGUCAGGAGUUCCAAGAGCAGCGAGGACUUUGGGAAUGGUUUAUAUUUACGAUGGGAAAAACAUGUCGUCCUUAUACAAUUUCACUGGUGAACAGAUGGCUGCAUAUUUUGGAUUUUCUGUAGCUGCCACUGACAUUAAUGGGGAUGAUUAUGCAGAUGUGUUCAUUGGAGCUCCUCUGUUCAUGGACCGAGGCUCUGAUGGAAAACUCCAAGAGGUGGGCCAGGUCUCCGUGUGCCUGCAGAGAGCAUCAGGAGACUUCCAGACCACGAAGCUGAAUGGAUUUGAGGUUUUCGCCAGGUUUGGAAGUGCUAUAGCUCCUCUGGGAGACCUGGACCAGGAUGGCUUUAAUGAUAUCGCAAUUGCUGCUCCCUACGGCGGCACAGAUAAGAAGGGGCUUGUUUACAUCUUCAAUGGACGGUCAACAGGCUUGAACUCGGUGCCAUCUCAGAUCCUUGAGGGCCAGUGGGCUGCUCAGGGCAUGCCACCAAGCUUCGGCUACUCAAUGAAGGGAGCUACAGAUGUAGACAGAAAUGGAUAUCCAGACUUAGUUGUAGGAGCUUUUGGUGUCGAUCGAGCUGUCUUAUACAGAGCCAGACCUGUUGUCACCGUAAAUGCUGGCCUUGAAGUGUACCCUAGCAUUUUAAAUCAAGAGAAUAAACUCUGCCCGUUGCCUGGGACCGCUCUCAAAGUUUCCUGCUUUAACGUCAGGUUCUGCUUAAAGGCGGACGGCAAAGGAACACUUCCGAGGAAGCUCAACUUCCAGGUGGAGCUCCUCCUGGACAAGCUCAAGCAAAAGGGAGCCAUCCGGCGGGCACUAUUCCUCCACAGCAGGUCCCCAGGGCACUCCAAGAACAUGACUGUCCUCAGAGGGGGCCAGAUGCAGUGCGAGGAGCUGGUCGCCUACCUGCGGGAUGAAUCUGAAUUCAGAGACAAGCUCACUCCCAUCACUGUUUUUAUGGAGUACCAGCUGGACCAGAGAACGGCGGCUGAUGCAACAGGCCUGCAACCCAUCCUGAACCAGUUCACCCCUGCCAACGUCAGCCGGCAGGCUCAUAUUCUCCUUGACUGUGGGGAAGACAAUGUCUGUAAGCCUAAACUGGAAGUUUCUGUAGAUAGCGAUCAGAAGAAGGUGUACAUUGGGGACGACAACCCCCUGACGCUGACGGUGACGGCGCAGAACCAAGGGGAGGGGGCCUACGAGGCUGAGCUCAUCGUCUCCAUCCCGCCGCAGGCUGACUUCAUCGGGGUCGUCCGCAACAGUGAUGCCUUAGCGAGGCUUUCGUGUGCGUUUAAGACAGAAAACCAAACACGGCAGGUGGUGUGCGACCUUGGAAACCCCAUGAAGGCUGGAACUCAACUGCUCGCUGGCCUGCGUUUCAGCGUGCAUCAACAGUCAGAGAUGGACACUUCUGUGAAGUUUGACCUGAAAAUCCAGAGCUCUAAUUCUUUUGACAACGUAAGUCCAGCUGUGUCUUACAGAGUUGACCUUGCUGUCUUGGCUGCUGUUGAGAUAAGAGGAGUUUCAAGUCCAGACCAUAUCUUUCUGCCAAUUCCAAAUUGGGAGUCCAAGGAGAACCCCGAGACCGAAGAAGAUGUCGGGCCUGCUGUUCAGCACAUCUAUGAGCUGAGGAACAAUGGUCCAAGUUCGUUCAGCAAGGCAAUCCUGAAUCUCCAGUGGCCUUACAAGUUCAACAACAACACUCUGCUGUACAUCCUUCAUUACGACAUUGAUGGGCCGAUGAACUGCACAGCGGACACAGAGAUCAACCCUUUGAGAAUCACGACUCCAGAGAAGAAUGACACCGCGGUAGGACAGGGAGGGCGGAACCACCUCAUCACCAAGCGGGAUCUCGCCCUCGGCGAGGGAGACCUUCACACUUUGGGCUGUGGGGCUGCGAAGUGCCUGCAGAUCGUCUGCCAGGUGGGGCGGCUGGACAGAGGGAAGAGCGCCAUCCUGUAUGUGAAGUCCCUGCUCUGGACGGAGACGUUUAUGAACAAGGAGAACCAGAACCAUUCCUACGCCCUCAAGUCUUCUGCCUCGUUUAACAUCAUAGAGUUUCCGUACAAGAACCUUCCGAUUGAGGACCUGUUCAACUCCACACUAGUCACCACCACCAUCUCCUGGGGCAUCCAGCCGGCGCCCAUGCCUGUGCCCGUGUGGGUGAUCAUCCUGGCGGUUCUGGCAGGCCUGCUGCUGCUCGCUGUGUUGGUGUUUGUAAUGUACAGGAUGGGCUUCUUUAAACGUGUCCGACCUCCUCAAGAAGAGCAAGAGAGGGAGCAGCUUCAGCCUCACGAGAACGGCGAAGGGAACUCCGAAACCUAACCGCGCUUGGCGAGCUGCGCCCCGAUGAACCGCCCGGUGGCUGACUAAUGUCUCUCCUGAGGAAUAACGCCCAGCUGAACUGCCGAGGGCACCCGGCAGCUUACCCACAACAUAGAAAUGAACGUUUGCCGAUAUCUGCUUAUGCAUCAGUUCAGAGUAGCUUCACGUCACACACACCGAUGUGUGUUCUCGGGCAUCUGAGUGAUGAAAUUUCAAGUGAUUGUCGUUGUCCAGUGUACAGAACCCCAACGGCACCUGAGUUAGUGCGUCAUGUGGCAUGGUACCUCUUCAGUUCCUGUUUCCCAUGUACUCUGUACGGUAGGGCAGUGAGGACUGUAAAGUAACUCAGACGUAGACCUUAGCAUCAGUGAUUUUACACAGGUACCUAGAACGUUAGUGCACAUUACACUACAGCUGAGUUCGUAUGCUACUGAAGACUUUGCAGUCGGUUGCAUGGGCUUAGAUUUUAGUAUUUACAUAGUAGAACUUUUAAAAAAUAUGGUACCAUCAGGAUUCUUUCCUGGGCUAUAGCUCGCUUCAGAGCAUGUGCUUUGCAUGUGUAAAUCCCUGGAUUUAAUCCUCAACGUGGGGGUGGGGGUGGGGAUAGUUUCCUAUAUUAACAACGGUACAGUAUUUUUCUAUGAAAAUUAAGUUUUUAUUUAUGUUUAGUCUGCAUUGUAUUUUGUUGUAUUUUAACGUUUGUAAUUUAAAUUCUAUAUCAAAUCCUUUAAGCCAUUUCAUGCUGAAACUUUGUGAUUUAAAAAUAACCAUUAAGCAAUAGGGUGCUUUCAGCUAAAUCACGAUGAUGACUGAAGCCAUUGGACUGGGAACCUGAUUCCGAAGUAUAUCUACUUCCUUUGUCUGCCUGUCUGCAACAUACAAAGCUUCAGCGAUCUUCUCUGCAGUUCUCUGCUGAAAUUGCUCAUAAAAACACACUCUUUAAUUAGACCAGAGCUUUUAAAUGGUGUUAAUUUAUUUUCCUCUUGUAUUCAUAUUUUCCUUCUAUUUCCAAAACUGAGAAGGGGUCAAGAUCAUCUUUAUAACCUUUAGGAACCUCAGUCUCCCGCUCUUACCCCAUGAGAGAUGCUUGGAAUCAGCAUUCCAAAGGUAGCUCAAUGGUCUGCCACUGGCAAUAGCACGGGUAGCACCUCAGGUAAUGCCGGCAGUGCGUGAAGCCUGCCUCAGCUGUCAGAACAAGUGCUAAAAAGUAUUUUUGUAAGCAGUUUAUGUUACUGAAAACCUUCUAAAGCUUUCUUACAUUUCGUAAAUGGCUUUUCUGGGGCUUUAAUAAAGGCAGCAGAGGUAGCAAGGCCUGCUCUAAGUGGCGAUGAUUUAUUCACAGUUCUUCAAGGCCCCGGGAUGACUAUCCUCUAUAGCUAUUUUUGGGCAAUUACAUCAUGGUGUGCACUAGAAGGUGAGAAUUUUAAUAGCUUUUUAAACUGCUGUCCUCAUUAAGCAAUGAAAAAUAUUUCCCUUAAAUAAUUGAAUAUUUUUCUACAUUUUAAAAAUAAUUAAAAUUUGUCUCACCAUUUCUUAUGUUAAUUCUAUGUGCAUAUGGCCAAGCUAAUUUGGAGAAUAUAUUUUCAUAACAUGAAGCACACUUGGGUGAGCUGUAACGUUAGAAUAUAGACAUAUUUAGCUUUAAUGAAUUUUUAAAUGAAUGAGUUUUGGGGUAUAGAAUUUGUUAAUGGCUUGAAAGAUCACAAUCAUAUAUGCAAUAAGUACUUUUUAACUAAUAAAUUUAUAUUCUUUUAAGAAAUGUUUUUAUUUUAGGGCCAAGGGUUGCCCAGCACCAGACUGUCAAUAAGCUGGCCCUUACAAACUUACCUUCUCUUUCUACAAAUAGCUGCCAUUUUUGAGAAAAAAUAAAUAAAUAAAUGAAAUUCAUUCUUUGGUAAUGAAUCAACAUUUUGUUAACGGUUAUUUCUACUGUGUUCCUUACCAAGGAGUAAUUUUCUAUUGGAGAUUGAAAGAUGUUACAACUGGAGAUUAACAUGUAUUAACAUGAUGUGUUGUUUUCAACAAUAUUAUGGAUUUUCUUUUAAAAAAUACAAAUUCGUAUCUCUAUAAAAUUAGGAACUGUAAUUUCAAAGUCAACUCUGAAAAUGUAUUGCAAUUCUUUUUAUUCUAUAACAGCAUGUGAAUAUGUUCAAUAAAACAUCAGGAGAUUAUUUUAGAUUCAUAUUUGUAAUUUACUGAGAAUUAAAAUUCAUUUCCAAGUAUAAAAUUCUCAAAAUGUAAAUGUAGUCCAGUUAAAAAAAAAUUGAGUUAUCCAGAGUCCAUUUGACACGUGAGAAAUACUGACACUGAUACUGAUUUCUAAUGGAGAUAUUUAUUUUAGAGUUACUACUUUAAAACAUCUGUUUGGGGCUUACUUUCCCCCUUACCUUUAAUUAUCAUCAUAAUUCUGACUAUGAGAGGUGAAAUGGUCAAAAUAUUGUAGUCUUAAAUCAACCUGUAUUAUAAAAUUACUUACUAAUAAUCCUCAUCAAUACAACAUUAGUUGCAUAAUGAGGAAAUUGACUCAUAGCAGACACAAGUUUUGCUGCUGCUUACGGAGAGCCGUGAGACUUUUGAUGGUGAGCCGAACCCUAAGGAGGAGGAUUUUGGUGGCAAAGUAUGGAUAAAGCAGCUGGUUCUUGGAGAAUGCCAAGAUGGCGCCUGUUCCCCUGUGGGAGAAUUCUGGGAAGAGCCUGGUAGAGGAAAAAGCUGUUCUAGAAUAUCUGUGUGUGGCUGUUGCCUAUCUGAGUGUCACUGUGUUUUCACUUGCGGGUGGCCUGUGCGUGUAAUCUGACGAGUAAGGGGAAAAGAUAGCAAAAAUGUAUUAUGGGAUCUACCAAGGCAAAUAAAAUUGCUAAAUGUCUGUGACUUGUAAAGGGCUUCCCUGGACUCAUCGGUCCUUUUGUUUGGACCAUGGACCUGCAGUAUGGACUGGCUUCGUUGUAAUUCCUGAGACGUCACGGACUUUCUGUGAGGGGCACUGAAUCUUUCCGUUCCCUUGUCAUUGUUCUCAAGUGCAAUAUAACGAUGGAACAAAGCUUAGACAGUAUAAGUCACUUUUAACUUAGUAAUCAGAAUCUGAGUAGGCAUUUAUUAGUUGGGUUUUUUUUUUUUUGUUGUUAGCAGAAAAGAACAAUUCUGCUGUAGUUAUAGAUAUACAAGUGAAGUGGUUUUUUUUGUUUUGUUUUUUUGUUUUUUCCUCUAAACCAUCCAUUCUGCGUUUUAUUUUAGGUGGAAAACUAUUCCUUACCAGUUUUAAAACACUCUCAGUCUAUCAAGGUAACUUGGAAGCUAUGUGUAUCAAAUUACUUUGCUCUCUAAGUAACAUGGAAGGUAAUUUUCUUUGGCUUCUCUCGUGAUCGCCCACAUUGGGUGAGACAUAGAUUGAGUCUAUUCUGAAAUCUGUCAUUUGCUAGCUUGCUUUGAGUUAGUGAAGCGGCUCCAUGUUCUGCUUUGUUUCCAGUGUGUAACUUGUGAUACAAUAAACUUGAACGGCGGA